CAAUACUCGUUGAAAUCGUUGAACAAUAGACUGCAAAAGCCCUUUAAAUUACGAAGCUUAAAACUUGAUACUGGCGACAUCUUAAAAAGGGCACAGCCACGAAGCAAAAAGAAGAAGUAUUGACACUAAAAAAUGAUUAUAAUUAUUUUUGUUACUGCAUAAAGUGCCUCUUAAAUACACUUAACAUGGGCAUUAAAGGGUUAUGGGGAAUAUUGACUCCAUUCAGUGAGAAGAAAUCAUUACACGAGAUAAGAGGGGAAACUAUUGCAGUUGAUCUUUCAGGAUGGAUUUGUGAUAGCCAAAAUGUUACGGAAUAUUAUAUUCAACCAAAACUUUACUUGAGAAAUUUAUUCUUCAGAACAAUCUACCUUCUCCUAGAAGACAUAACCCCAAUAUUUGUCCUAGAGGGUGAUGCUCCUGAACUGAAAAGGGAUGUGAUGGCGGCUCGGAAUGCUAUGCAGUUCAAGGGUGCAGCUCCUAAAUCUGAUAAGGCUUGUGGUAGGAAACCAGACGUAGCUAGAAAGAGAUUCAAAGGAGUUUUGAAAGAGUGUGAAUCUCUUCUGAAAUGCAUGGGAGUGAGAUGCAUCAAAGGGAGAGGAGAAGCAGAGGCUACAUGUGCUCAGCUGAAUGCUCAAGGUUUGGUUCAUGCAGUAGUGUCUCAAGAUUCAGAUUGCUUCGCGUAUGGUGCUAAACGUGUGUACCGCAACUUCAGUGUAUCUAGCUCCAAGGGUGGUGGCGCUGUGGCCGGUUCAGUAGAUUGCUACGAUGCUGAGAAAUUGUAUAAAAGUAAUGGAUUCGGACGAAAAAAAAUGGUAGCUUUAGCGAUCCUUUGUGGUUGUGACUACGGAAUUGGUGCUUGUGGGUCCUCAAUAAAUACAGUUUUGUCGUUCCUACAUGGCGUUCAUGAGGAUGCUGUCAUUCCAAGACUGCUGACAUGGGUGACAGACCCUGAGGAAUUUGAGAGACAAACAUGUUGGGUGUCAAUACCGGGUCGGUGCGAACGCUGCGGCCACGCGGGUCGCACGCACACGAAAAACGGUUGCCCUGUUUGCGCUACAAACCAUAGUUGCGUUGACAAUGGACAUAAGGCAAAAGUAACAGAAAUAAAACGCGAGCUAUCGCUACGAACGCGGGCUUUGUCCAGUUUUAGUAGUGGUAUGCGAUUCCCUGAACCGAAAGUAAUGAGGGAGUUUCUCGAAAAUCCGCCAGAAAAAAUCGACUUGGAAGCUUUGAAGACUCCAACCCCGAGUUUAAUUCAAUUCGUGAAAUUAAUGUCGUUCAAAUUAGAUUGGUCGCCCAGAUAUUGCGUAGAGAAAUUUUUGCCACUUCUGACUAAAUGGCAUCUUCAAAAACAUGUGCCGUGCAGGACCCUCAAACCGACUAGAAUAAUAAAAAAGCGAACCCCUAGAGGUGUCCCAAGCUUUGAAGUAGUGUGGAGCGAUAUUGAUGGUCAAUACGAAGCGCUGAUCCCCGACAACCAGUUUGAAGAGGGAGAAGAUCCAUCAGCACCAUGGACGUCGAUAGAACGCCAAGAUCUCAUGCGUCAUUACUACCCUAAACUAGUAGAGGCCUAUGAGGAAUCCAUUAAGAAACCUGUUAAAGAAAAGAAAACUAGAGGGAGAAAGAAAAAAGAUAAGAAAGACGAUGUUGAUGUUAAUAAACCGAAGAAAAAGUACAAUGUGAGAGUCAAGAAUAAAAUGGAUAACAAUCGGUCUCAAAAUUCCACAUUGGCGAAUGUCAGUGUUUCCGUUAACAAAUUGAAAAGAAAACUAAAGGCUAGGAAGGGACAGAAAACAAUUGACAGUUUUAUAGCAAAUAAGAGACGCAAAUCUAAUAGAAAAUUGGAAUCAUUGUCCAAAAUGAGUUUUAAAACUUUUUCUGUAAAUUUCGAUUCAUUAAUUUCCGAUGAGGUUGUAAAGAAAUGUAGUGAAGAAAGAAAAGCGAAUAUUCCUGAUGUUGACAGCAACAAAGAAAACCAUGAAAAUAAACACAGACUAAGUAUGUUAAGUACAAUCGAUAAGAAUGAUGAUACAAUUGAUGCAUCUAACAUAGUUGAAUCUAUUUUACACAGAAAUAUUGAAACUAAGUUUGCGCAGUUCAAUAAUCGAAUAUAUAAGCUGGUGUACAAUAAAAACUCAACUCCUAAGAAAAUUAUGAGUAGGAAAAGUCUAACGAGUGUGCGAAUUAAUUGCUCUACACCAACUGAAAGUCCCAUCAGAAAACCCAGUUUAAAAAAUGUUACUGAUGUUUUUAAUCGGUCGUAUGAUAAAAUUAAUGAAAGUUAUAAAAAUAUUCCGAAUUGUUUUGUAAGCAAUACAAGUUAUUUUUUUGAUAAAUUGACUGAUGAACGUGACGCAUUUGAAUUGUCUAUGGAUUACGCGAACAAACAAAAAAGUGCUGUUAUAAGCAUAAAUAGUAAUUGUACAAUAGAUUAUAGUUUACCAGACAUUCAGUUGUAAGACAUACUGUAAGGAAAUUACCAUAGACAUAGAAAAUGCACGUGAAUUUGUUGACAAAUUAAAAUGGAGUAUUCCGAUAUGUUUAUUUCUGUUAUAAAAAUUAAAGUCCGGAUUUGGUGUUAUAAAUGUUCUAAAUACAAUGACGAGCUAUAACAUCUAUGCCUCCAUUUCUGAGCUCCUGAGCUAUGUGCGCGGCGAUAACUGCUUGUAGUCAGUGUCGGUUGCGGUAUGUAUGCUUCACCCAUGCCGUCCGUCUAGUAGCGGUCUUAAACUAAAUGCGUAGGCCACUGAGUGUGCUGUUAUGAACAUUUUACUACGUGCCAAAUAAAAUA